GCUCCAGGAAGGGGCAGUGUUCUUGUGGAAGCAAACAGCAAGACUGGUUUGGGGAUUACAAAGCGUGGGAGCAGAAGGGCUCGCACAAGGACUAGCGGUUUCAGGGCUCGUCUGCGCACCCCCAACGGGCGCCUGGUCCUGAAGGCUCGCAGGAAGAAGGGGCGCAAGGUGCUCUGCCCAGCAAGCAAUUACAGAAAGUGA